GUCGUGUCUGCGUUCGAUCAUCGUAUCAGUUCAGGCAAGAAGCUGAGGCGCAGCUGCGGGAGACUAAAGGGCUCGUCUCUAUAUAAGCUCGCGGGACUAUGCCAGGUCCCAAGUACACCUCCGUACCCGAAGCGGAUGCGCCUUUCGACCUUCCUAGACUAUCAUCGGUUUCGGGCUCAGCCGGUGAACCUCCUCUCGGUCACGAGGAAGAGAGACGGAGAUUGGAUGAGGAUGGAGACGGUAGCUCGGACAGUGAUUCAGAUAUCGUCUACCGGGACAACUUGGACGUAGAACCAUUCAGUGAUGAAAAGCAAGCUCGCGUGGAUAACCGGUUUCAAGAUGAACCGACAAUGGAAUAUGGCGAGGAAGGGUUUAGCGCGGAAUCGAGGAGGCUACGUCCACGCAAAAAGUCUAGACGAGUUCUCGCUGCGUUGUUAGCCAUCGUCCUUUCAUCAGCGAUGGUAGGUGUGCUCGCUGGAUGGGGAUACUCUGCGCCGUCAUAUUCCGCAAAGUCAGGCAACAAGCACAUCACACUGGAUCAUAUCAUCAAUGGCACCUUUGCCGCAAAGACUACUACAAUCAACUGGGUGAAGGAAGCAUCUGACGGGACGUUCUCAACUAUCGACUCAGACCACAACAUCCUCCUCAGCUCCGUUCACAACACAUCAGAUACCACCAUUCUCGUGGAUUCGUCGCUCGUUCUCGAUGGUCAAGGCUCUCAACUUCACUGGUCAUCAUGGUCACUUUCAGCAGAUAUGCAAUAUGUCCUCUUCCAAGUAGACUAUGUCAAGCAAUGGAGACACUCAUCUCAUGCCAACUACUAUCUUCAUCGACUAUCAGACCAUGUAACGUUCCCCCUCAAUCCACCUCAGCACCCUCCCGUCAUUUCUAAGGUCGUUUGGGCACCGCUGGGCCAUGCUCUGUCCUAUGUCAUGAACAACAACCUGUACGUGGUUCCUGAAGAUCAGCUCGCUGGAUCGGAUCCGAUGGCUAUUCAAGUGACCGACGAUGGAUCAUCAGUAAUCUUCAAUGGUGUCCCAGAUUGGGUGUAUGAAGAGGAAGUCUAUACUUCCGAUUUCACUCUGUGGUGGUCUCCGGAUGCAGACACCGUCGCGUACUUGCGGAUGGACGAGGACAAGGUCAGGGAAUACAAGCUAGAAUACUGGAAUCCGACGAAUGAUGCCUUUUCGUCGAACCAGUACCCCACAGAACUAGACAUGAAAUACCCCAAGCCCGGAACGCCGAAUCCAUACGUCUCGGUUCACACAUUUUCUCUACAAUCAUACGCUCAAUCACAUAUCAUUGACGAAGCCAAGAGAUCCCUCUCAUGGCCCGAGCAGCUAGAUCAAGACGACCAAGUCAUCACGGAAGUGUCUUGGGUUGGUCAGAAGAGCUUGCUCGUCAAGGAAGUUGAUAGAGCAUCGAAGAGAGGAAACGUGAUCCUAUUCACCGACGGCGCAAAUGAGGGCAAGAUUGUGCGAAAGUUGGGCAAGGACGGUGAGCAAGGAGAUGACGGAUGGGUCGACCAGCGACUCGAAGUGCGAGCCGUGCCUGGAUGGACGACUGAUGGAUAUCUCGAUAUCAUCCCGAACCAAGGCUAUGACCAUAUUGCCCUUUUCUCUCCUUUGGACGCAAGUGAGCCCAUCUGGCUGACUUCUGGAGAAUGGGAAGUCGAAAGAGUGGUGGGCUUGAACACAACCACGGGACAGGUAUACUUCGUUGCUGCCAACCCGUCGAUUGAUCGGCACCUCUAUUCUGUACCGUUGCCAACAUCAUCGAACUUCGCCGACUACACUCAAGAUAUGGUAGCCUUGACUGAUACCUCUAAUCCUGGCGUGUACGACGUUUCCAUGUCGCCAGGGGCAGGAUACUACCUGCUUUCCUACAAGGGGCCAGAGGUGCCAUACCAGAGACUGAAGGAGGUUGAUCACGGUGGCCUCGACGUCAUGAUCAAUGAUAACCAAGCUCUCAACACGACAUUGAGCGAAUUCAUGCGGCCAGUUAUUGUUCAUUCGACCAUCUCUAAUGAUGGCUAUGACCUCAAUAUGAUGGAGAUCCGACCAACUGGCCUUGACACAUCUGGUCGCAAGCGAUACCCUGUGCUCCUCUCGGUAUAUGGUGGUCCAGGCUCUCAGCAAGUCAACAACGUGUUCAAACGAGAUUGGGUGCAUUAUCUUGCCUGCGAGAAGAAGUAUAUCAUCGUGGUGAUCGACCCUCGAGGUACCGGAUUUAAGGGAAGAAACCACAGAAAUCCCGUCAGGGACAAUCUUGGACACUAUGAGGUUCUGGACUUUAUCAAGACUGCGGGAGAACUGAGCCAGCGAAGCUAUGUUGAUUCGAAGAGGAUCGGGAUCUGGGGCUGGUCGUACGGAGGAUAUAUCACGCUUAAGACGCUCGAAGCUGCGUCCGGUGCAUUCAGCUUAGGUGUGGCGGUCGCACCAGUGACAGAUUGGAUGCUGUACGACUCGAUCUACACUGAGCGAUACAUGUCGACGCCUUCAUCCAACGCUGCGGGUUACAUCAGUUCCAGCGUGAAUAACGUCACUGCUUUCGGCAGUGUUGAUCUGGCAUGGGCCCAUGGCAGUGGAGAUGACAAUGUGCACUAUGGUCAUACGGCUGAACUGCUCGACAAAUUGACCCAAGAGCACGUCCGAGGAUGGAGGUUCAGAAUGUUUACUGACUCUGACCAUUCGAUGAACAAGAGGGAAGCGUACAAGGAGUUGUAUAUCUGGAUGACGAGCUACAUUGAAGAGAAAUGGGGUCGCGGGGGAACCAUCCGGCACGGAUAGCUCAUGCGUCUGUACGCAUUGAUCAAAAGGUCCAACUUCACUUUCUGGUUACUAGCAUCCCUCUCAUGUAUGCAU